AAAGCUUGCAUUUAAUGGAUUAUCUUGAGCCACCCGCAUAUACAGAAACGCCGAGCCUGCCCAAUCAGCAGCCCAGCACUGUUAUCAAAGACUCGCUGCCUCAACUUCGAGAUCGUCGGAGGGAGAAACCGCUGCUUUCAUGUACCUUUUGCAGGAACCGAAAGGUGCGAUGUGACCGUCAGCUACCAUGCAAGACCUGCACGAACAGGGGGAUUGGCUUAUCCUGCACUUACGAGGUAGGCUGUACAAGCCGGGGCAAAAGCAAACUAGGCAGCAGCAGACGCCAGUUGUGCAUGCCGACAGCCUCGUUCGAGAGUCUUCAGAUCCUCCAUCCCAGCAGAGUAUCUCUACGAUCCCACUAACACCUGAGGAGGAAACGCUCGUGCCAGCUUCAAAAAAUACGCCUAUAUCGCAGAGCAAGGAUGGUACUGAUUCCCCCAGAGCCUCAGAGCCUGGCAGCAUGCGUCUGAAUUCACAUGGUGUUGGUGCCAGCUACGUCGGGAGCGUUCACUGGGCCGCCGUCCUCGACAGUAUCUCUGAGCUUAGAGACCAUUACGAGGAGCAAGAAGAAACUCGGCUACUGGCCACCAAUGAUCAUUUAUUUCUCCAUAGUCCUGGACCUAGGCUGCUAUAUGAGCCGGUUCAGACCACAAAAGCUGAUCUUCUUGCCUCAGUUCCGGCCAGGCCCGUUGUUGAUCGAAUGGUCGCGAGGUACUUUAACACACAAGGUGUUGUACCAAGCAUACUUCACAGUGGGCGUUUUCUUCAAGAGUAUGAUAAGUUCUGGCAGGACCCACCAGCCAUGCCGUGCAUUUGGAUCGGGCUCUUAUUUAGCGCUAUGUGCGUCGCUACGCUAUGUCAACACUCAAUUGAUGACCCAACGGAUCCGGAAAUUCAAGGGCGAGUGCGCGUAUUUCGGGAACAGACUCUUCACAGCCUCAUACUAGGCCAGUAUACCAGAGGCGGGGAGUACGUACUCGAAACCUUGAUUAAUUAUCUCAUCUUUGAGUCGUUCAUGUCCCAGGAGGAUGAGACCGGGCUGUGGCUUGUGCAAGGUAUCAUCGUGCAGCUCGCCCUGAGUCAGGGCUACCAUCGAGACCCCCACAACUUCCCAAGCAUUACACCAUUUUCUGGUGAGAUGCGGCGGCGCGUGUGGGCAGUCAUUGUGCAGUUGGAUCUUCGUCUCUCGAGCCAGAUGGCGCUGCCAUGUGUGCUUAAGUCCCAGCAGUAUGACACAGCUGAGCCGCGUAACCUGCUGGAUACAGAUUUUGACGAAAAUACCAUCGAUUUACCCCCUUCGCGUCCCGAGACGGAAGUCACACCUGUGCUAUACAGCUUGGCUAAGGGGAGGAUAGAUAAGAUGAUGGGGCUGGUCAACGACAUUGUCAACGAUACCAAGGAGCAUCCGUACACAGAGAUCAUGGAGUUGGACCGGAAGCUGCAAGAAGCUGAAGCAUCACUUCCGCCAAUUUUCACAUGGCAGCCCCUUAGUCAAUCUUUCAUGGUGGCGCCUGAGAUCGUCAUGCACCGCGUGUUGCUCCAGCUCGCCAUACAAAGACUAACAAUCUGGCUUCACCGGAAGUAUCUCGAACCGUCCUAUACCCACACAUGCUAUCAACACUCACGCAAAGCUUGUGUCCAGGCGGCGAUCAAAGUUCUGGAAUUCCAGCAGAUAGUGCUCGAGGAAACACAGGGAGAUGGACUGCUGUAUCCUACAAGGUGGGCUAGGUGGAUGCUCCUGUCCUCCCGGCCGCGGGCAGUCUUUUUGCUAGGCGUGAGCAUUCUGUGUUACUAUGUGCAGCUGACCAAGUCGCGGCCGGAUGUUUCGCUGGACGAGAGCACAGGGUCAAAGAUUCACGGUCUGCUACGUAACGCGUACCCACUCUGGCUACACUCUACCACAGUAUCUAGGGAAGCCAGGCGGGCGAUUGAUUAUCUAAGCCUCAGAUUAGGGCUGCAGGAACAAGAGAUUGGCGUACCUCUCGCUGAUUCUACCGCCGAAACGCCUCAGGAUACAGAUAUGUCGCUUGAUCAGUUUACUUGGGACGCAUACGAAGAAACUGAUGUUUUCUCAGAGUGUAUCGCUGGAUUUCCAACGACAGCAUUCAGUGGGGGUUUUAUGGGACUGGACUUAUCUUCAGCCACGAGCGUUUCAACAUCGGAUCUGUUUUCAAAGAAUUUGGAGACCCCAGACUCGGCGACCGGGUAGACAGAAGAACCCUGUUACUCAUCGGGGAGAAAGAAACCUAUGACCUCUAACCUAGUUAAUGAGAAUAGUUAGCUAAAUUUAGGAUAAAUUUAGAAGAUCUUUAGACUAGUUAUUCUAUCAAUUAGAGUAAAG